AAUGUUAGUUGUCUAUAGAGAAUGGUCUCUGAAUCCGAAUGUAGCUGUGCUGCUUUUGAGCACACAUUGCAUCCAAUUUACGUUGAUCCUAUAUGGCACAUGCUGCGCUCUAAUUAAUCAGGGAUUGUCGUCGAUGUCGCCAUCUGGAGCGUCAGGUCCCACCAGGAGCCUCAUAUCGUCGUAACAACGACGGAACUUUUGCUUGGUCAACAUCGACUGGCGAGCGCUGGAGAGAGAACGAGAGAUGCUGGUGUUACCAGGUUACAGCGUCUGUCCUUCUGUGCAGGACAGAAUCAGAAUCUGUACUGAAGAAGGCCGAUGAAGAUCGUAGACCGAGUGAGAUCCAUGCUGUGAAGUAACGCAUGAAGAGAGUGCCAGGAAUGACAAGGAAUGACGUUAUCGCGCUCAUCAAGCGUUCGGCUAGCCCAGUGUCUCUGGUUACCGUCAAACAGGAUCACGUUAUAACUAGUAAUCUCAAGGUGUACAUGGACACCGCAUUCCCCAGAGAUUCACCCGACUUGGUCCUGCAAAGGGAGAUCAUCUCUAACCUGCACAUGAGAGUUGUUCCAUGUACCACUAGGAACCCUCGACCUGGAGAGACACCUGGAGUGGACUUUAACUUCAUCUCCAAAGAGACCUUCCUGGAGAUGGAUAAAGAGGGAGAGUUCUUGCAGGUCGGGACAUAUCAGGGGAAUUUCUAUGGAACCCCAAAACCCCCAGCAAAACCUGAGGCCCCCAGUGGCCCCUCCUCCAGGUCUGGCGUGGCCAGUGAGUACAGCAGGACUCCACAGUUGCCCACAGUGGACUCACCCUACCUCUCUGGUUUUGAUUCCACUAGUGAGGAGCUGCCUCCUCUGGUACCCUCCACCACUGUGUCAACACCCCCUAGCAACUCACCAAGCAGAAAGGAAUCCUUGGAGAUAGACAAGAAGGAUAGAAAACUCUAUGAGGAAUCAAUGACAAGGGGCUACAUUGAGUCAGCUCUCGCUCUCCUGAUUCUCGUGGGUGUGACUGGAUCGGGCAAGAGCCUCUUCAAACGUCUAGUUUUAGGUCUUUCAGUUCCAGAGUUCAGUCCCUCCACCCCGCUUGCCGAGUCAGCUGUCCGCUCCAUCUCCAUAUGCCAGGUAGCAGUGGGCGGUGUGAAAUGGGUAAUUGUGGGUCUGCAAGAAAUGAUGAAAAUGGUUGCAGAGACGAUAAGGGGAGGGGUACCACUUCUUGCAUCAGCAUGGAAAGAUUCGAGCGAGUUAGCAUUCACGAGCACACAACCUGAUUCAACUGAUACAACACACUCUCAUUCUCCUCAGCAGACCUCUCGACCAGAACUAGAAAAGCAAGAGCCGAUUCAAAGACAUGUGAAAACAGAAACUACCUUACUUUCAUGCGCUUGCUCUGCAGAGAAUGCUUUGACGGAAAUCGAGAUAGAUUUAGAGCUUAUGCGUCAGCUGACCAAAUCAUCUGCCGUUCAAAAAUUAAUGGACGUCGAUUUCAUCUACCUUUUAGACAGUGGUGGGCAGCCACCGUUCAGAGAGAUGCUCCCACACUUUGUCCAGCAGUCGUCUGCCAUUGUCCUGAUGCAGAAGCUCAACGAGAGGUUGGACUUUAGACCGACCAUCAAGUACCGGGAAGAGGGAGGAAGAGUGGACGAAGGAUACACAUCCCAACUGACAAACGAGCAGAUUUUGCACCAGUACGUCCAGGCAGUUCAGUCUCAAAAGUCCAAAGUGUUUGUGGUGGGCACUCACAGGGACAGGGAGGGCGAGUGCGAGCAUGAGACAAGAGAAAUGAAGAGCAAAGCGCUGCUUGAAGCUUUCCGGCCGGUUCUACACCGAACAAAUGGAGCUGUACGAAGUAGGUGAGCCAGAGCA